AGCACAGUCAGGAACACAAAUUGAGAGGCAAGAUGGAGGACGAGGACGCGAUGUAUUUCCCCCCCCUUUCCGAGAUGGAGAAGCUGAUGUCGCACCUAUUAUGCUAAUAACAUUACGUAUUUUCUGUAUCAAACUCGCGAGCGGGCCGUUUUUACGCAUUGUAUGUAAACAUGCAGUAGGUGCGCGGUUCGCGUUCAUGAUGAGUGGAAACGAGAGGAGCCAAAAUGGAGAAUCCCGAAAACAGCUGUGCUGGAUUGACUUCAAGAUGGAGAUUUUCUCCCCUUCUGAUCGCCUUAUUGUGUAUGAGAGACUGUUGUCUUGUGUUUAUGAAGACAAAGCCCUUGACAAGUUGAAGUGCACCAGAAGAUGUUAAAGAAAUGAUAGCCGCACCGGAAUUACAAACAGAGUAUCAUUACCCUCAGGACACUGACACACGAUUCUCAUCAGACACCGACUUUGAUGAUCCUGAUGUUCGAAAUGCUGUUACUGGAAAAGGAAAGGCGAAGAAAGGUAAAAAGGGCCCUGGAGAGAAGGGCAAAGGAGUGGGGAAAGGAGCCGGACGCAUGAACGGACACCACCAGGAGAACGGCAUGGAAAAUGUCAUGCUUUUCGAAGUGGUCAGGCUGGGGAAGAGUGCCAUGCAGUCGGUCGUUGAUGACUGGAUCGAGUCCUAUAAACACGACAGAGAUGUCGCACUCCUCGACUUGAUCAAUUUCUUCAUCCAGUGCUCUGGCUGCAAAGGUGUUGUCUCUGGUGAGAUGUUUCGUAAUAUGCAGAACUCCGAGAUCAUCAGGAAGAUGACAGAAGAGUUUGAUGAGGACAGCGGAGAUUACCCGCUCACUAUGGCCGGCCCGCAGUGGAAGAAGUUCAAGACUAGUUUCUGCGAGUUCAUCGGCGUGCUGGUGCGACAGUGUCAGUACAGCAUCAUCUAUGACGAGUACAUGAUGGACACGGUCAUCUCGUUGCUCACCGGUCUCUCUGAUUCUCAAGUCCGAGCCUUCAGACACACCAGCACACUGGCAGCCAUGAAGCUGAUGACGGCCCUCGUGAAUGUAGCACUGAACCUCAGCAUCAACAUGGACAACACUCAGCGGCAGUACGAGACUGAGAGGAACAAGAUGAUUGGCAAGAGGGCCAACGACAGGCUGGAGCUUCUGCUACAGAAACGCAAGGACUUACAAGAAAACCAGGAUGAAAUUGAAAACAUGAUGAACGCCAUUUUCAAGGGUGUCUUUGUUCAUCGAUAUCGUGAUGCGAUUGCAGAGAUCCGGGCAAUCUGCAUAGAGGAGAUCGGCGUGUGGAUGAAAAUGUACAGCGAUGCUUUUCUUAAUGACAGCUAUCUUAAAUAUGUGGGCUGGACCAUGCAUGACAAGCAAGGUGAGGUGCGUCUCAAGUGUCUCACGGCACUGCAGGGUCUGUAUUAUAACCGCGAGCUCAAUGCCAAGCUGGAGCUCUUCACCAGCCGUUUCAAGGACCGCAUUGUAUCCAUGACACUAGACAAGGAGUAUGACGUCGCAGUGCAAGCAAUAAAACUGCUCACGCUGGUGUUACAUAGCAGUGAUGAAGUUCUGACUGCAGAAGACUGUGAGAGCGUCUAUCAUCUAGUGUACUCAGCCCACCGACCUGUUGCCGUGGCAGCAGGAGAGUUUCUCUUUAAGAAACUUUUCAGCCAUCGAGACCCAGAGGAUGACAGCAUGCCCAAAAGACGAGGCCGACAGAGCAUAAAUGCCAAUCUCAUCAAAACCGCUGUCUUUUUCUUCCUGGAGAGUGAGCUUCACGAGCAUGCUGCCUACCUAGUAGACAGCAUGUGGGACUGUGCAGCAGAGAUCCUGAAAGACUGGGAGUGCAUGAUCAGUCUACUUCUGGAUGAGCCACUUCCUGGAGAGGAAGCUCUGACAGACAGACAGGAGACGGCUCUCAUAGAGAUCAUGCUGUGUACCAUCCGUCAGGCCGCAGAGUGUCAUCCUCCUGUGGGCAGAGGCACGGGCAAGAGAGUUCUCACAGCAAAGGAGAAGAAAUCUCAGCUUGAUGACCGGACGAGAAUGACAGAGAUUUUUUCCACAGCACUGCCAGCUUUACUCGCAAAGUACUGUGUCGACGCAGAGAAAUUGACUAACCUGCUCCAGCUGCCGCAGUUCUUUGAUCUUGAAAUCUAUACCACAGGCCGUUUGGAAAAGCACCUGGAUGCAUUGUUACGACAAAUCCGAGAGAUUGUGGAGAAGCACACGGACACAGAUGUCCUUGAGGCCUGCUCCAAAACCUACCACGCGCUCUGCAACGAGGAGUUCACCAUCUUCAACCGGGUGGAUAUCGCCCGCAGCCAGCUCUUGGAUGAGUUAGUGGACAAGUUUAACAGGCUUCUGGAGGAUUUCUUGCAGGAGGGUGAAGAUCCAGAUGAAGAUGAUGCUUACCAAGUUCUGUCUACACUGAAGAGGAUCACUGCUUUCCACAAUGCUCAUGACCUCUCCAACUGGGACCUCUUCACCAGCAACUACAGGUUACUGAACACUGGGAUUGAAAAUGGUGACAUGCCUGAGCAGAUUGUCAUUCACGCUCUGCAAUGCACACAUUAUGUCAUCCUCUGGCACUUAGCCAAGGUCUCUGAAGGCACUUCUAAAAAGGAGGAUAUGGUGACUCUGAGGAAGCAAAUGAGGGCAUUUUGUCUCAUGUGCCAGCGUUACCUAACAAGCGUCAACACCGCCGUCAAAGAGCAGGCCUUCACCAUCCUAUGUGACCUGCUGCUGAUCUUUAGCCAUCAGAUCAUCUCAGGGGGCAGGGAAGCUCUGGAGCCCCUAAUACACACACCUGAGGCAUCCUUGCAGUCUGAGCUUCUCAGUUUCAUUCUGGACCACGUGUUCAUUGACCAGGAUGACGACAACAACAGCACAGAUGGGCAGCAGGAUGAUGAAGCAGGAAAAAUCGAAGCUUUGCACAAGAGGCGAAACCUGCUGGCAGCAUACUGCAAACUUAUUAUUUACAACGUAGUUGAGAUGAACACUGGUGCAGAUAUAUUUAAGCAAUACAUGAGGUAUUACAAUGACUAUGGUGACAUCAUCAAGGAAACCAUGAGUAAGACAAGACAGAUCGACAAAAUCCAGUGUGCAAAGACUCUCAUUCUCAGCUUACAGCAGCUAUUCAAUGAAAUGAUGUCAGAUCUUGGUCCCAGCUUUGACCGGUCAUCCUCGUCUUUCUGUGGCAUUAAAGAGCUCGCUCGCCGUUUCUCUCUGACCUUCGGCCUGGAUCAGCUAAAGACCAGAGAGGCCAUCGCCAUGUUACAUAAGGAUGGUAUUGAGUUUGCCUUCAAAGAGCCGAAUCCUCAAGGCGACGGAUAUCCUCCACUUCACCUGGCCUUUUUGGAUAUUCUCAGCGAGUUCUCAUCCAAACUUAUGCGGCAGGACAAGCGGACUGUGCACAUGUAUUUGGAGCGCUUCAUGACGUUUCAGAUGGCCCUGCAGAGGGAAGACUGCUGGCUGCCGCUCAUCUCCUACAGGAACUCGCUGCAGGCAGGUGGAGAUGAUGACACCAUGUCUGUAAUCAGUGGCAUCAGCAGUCGAGGAUCCUCCGUCAGGAGCAAAAAGGCUAAACCUGCCACCGCUAAGAGAAAAAUACCAGAAGAGGAGAGCAGCAGCAGCAGCAGUGAUUUGUGGAUGAACCGGGAGCAGAGCAUGCCGACGCCUGUCAUGAUGCCAUCACCCCACCUCACGUCCACCGUCAUGAGAGAGCCCAAACGCCUGCGUCCCGAGGAGAGCUACAUGGGCGUGUACACCAUGACCCCCGAUCAGCAACAGCAGCACGCGCACCCUCCCACUCUACAGCCACAACACCAUCAAACAACCAUGGACUACAACACACAGGUCACUUGGAUGCUUGCACAGAGACAGCAGCAAGAGGAGGUGGCCAGACAGCAUCAGGAGAGAGUCAUGAACUACGCUAAAUUAAGGACCAACCUUCAGCAUGCCAUUCGACGAGGGACGGGCCUAAUGGAGGAUGAUGAGGAACCUAUUGUGGAAGAUGUGAUGAUGUCAUCGGAAGGCCGACUGGAGGAUCUUAAUGAAGGCAUGGACUUUGACACCAUGGAUAUUGAUCUGCCCCCAUCGAAGAACCGGCGAGAGCGAUCAGAACUGAAGCCCGACUUUUUCGACCCCGCCUCCAUCAUGGACGAGUCUGUAAGAAGCACACAUUUCCUGGGUUAUGAUGCUUUUCAGCGGUAAUGGGGACUUGUUCACUCCACCUUUAAGGACGUGAAAGGGAGACCACCACUAGAUGGCACUAGCAGGAGUGAUUUCAGAAUUUCAGAUUUAAGAAUUGCCCUUGUGCUAACAAAAGAGAGGGAAAGCAUAAUACUAAUAAUCUGGACCCAUGAUGAAAUUGAAACGAUUGUUUGGUAACCUUAAACACUGAACUGAAUUUGAACAUUUUCUCUUGUAGGUCCUGGGAGUGCCCAUGUUUUAAGAUUAAAAUUGGAGGAGUGUGAAGAGAAGAGACAUUUUGUGCGAAUUCAGAUCGAUUCUCUAAAGAGAAUUAAAUUCAAUGGAGCGAUUGGCAUCCAAAUCGGCUUGUACCAUUGACGCUUACUAAAACAGAAAGGAAAGCGGAGCAAUUUAAAGUCUUUGCGAUCAUUGUGUGGGCUUUCCCUGAUCGGUAGAUACUGAACAGCAUGGAAUCUCGGACUGUCCUUAGCCAUACAUGAGUACAUUAUCGAAACAACUGUGAAAUAAUUAUAUGUAUGGUUAUACGUAUCAUUUUUUCACAGUUGAACGCCAUUAUGUUUGAAGAAACAUAUGUGAGAUCUCUUAGAGUUGUGGUAUUUCUUGAAAUUUAGGGGUGAAUGCAUCUUUUUUAACUUAAAUACAACUUUGUUAUGUAUAGCCCUUUUGUAAUAGUGAGUAAUCUGGUGUAAAGUAGUAAUUUAUAAGCAGGUUUUUGCUCAUCAUAGUGAGUAUUGAUAUAUAUUUUAUUCUUAUCUAAUAUGUGAAAUGGAGAAGAGCCUCCAGGUCUUUAUAUCUAGUAUUUAGUUUCCUUUUUCUCCUCUCGUAAAAAUCAUGACAUCCAAUAUAAAGGGUAAAUCGAAAAUCAUACUGGGCCGUAUUUAUUACUGCCUUUGGUGCACGAUUGGCGUAAUUUUAGUGACAUGAUCAGUGAUUGGAAAAUGCUGAACCACCAUUCAGUGGUCCUGUUGCUCGUGUUGCACCGACAAAAUCAUUUUUCGUGCCAACUGCCCUAGUAAAUCAGAUGCUCAGAAAGACUAUAAUUCUUCCACUUAGUCACAAGGCUUAUCCAAAGAAUAGAUCUGCUCGCUUGUCCCUCUAAAAUCUUAAGAUCAAGAUGAGGAAAUCUCUCCAGUAGUGCCAUUGUGUCGUCUCUGAUAAAACCAGGAGUUAGUGUAGUAUGUCUGGUGGAGAUUUUCUUCCCCUGAUUAGAGCUAUGUAGACGUCUACAUUUAAAUCAAAUUAUAUAUAAAUAUAUAAAUUGGUGCUGAUUUUAUAACUGUGCUGUUUUUGUUUUUUAACUCCAAGCUCGAGUUAAAAGGUUUUGGAAAUGUAUAAGAACAUGUCUAAACAAGAGUGUGUAGCCAUGCAGCAAGUAAAGUUUUGAAAUAUUUUAUAUAUUUUUUCUUUCUUUUCCUUUUUUGUGUGUAUUGUUUGGAUUUGUUUUGUUUUUUUAGUCGGUCUUAAGAUGUUUUUAGGUUUUCACUUUUUUCCUUACUGUAAAUUGGAUUGUUUUACAUUUAUGGACUGAACUAUUCCACUCAGCUCUAAGCUUUUUCCCAAUAUGAAAUAUUCAAUAUGUAACGUAACAUCCUGUGAGAUCUUUAAUGUUACAGCAUUGCAUUCGGCAGCUUUAGAAAGCUUAACUAAUACAUUAAUUUAUAUGACAGACAUGUGCAUUUUGUCUGGGGUAUAAUUUUAAUCAUUCCAUGUCUUGGCCUUAAAACAUUGUUUUAUAAAGAAAAAAUAGAAGGUGGUUGUCAAACAGAAAUCUUCCAUGUUUUAACUUUUAUGUGAGGUACAUUGGAUUCCUUUUGUAUGAGAAAAGGAAAAGUGUAUUUCUGCAAUGGCAUGGGUGUACUUAUUUAAAAGAAGGUGUGCAGACAGAGUUUUGGGGUUUUUGAAAGUAAAUGCCCUCGGGGCAAAACUGUCUUCUGUUCCUCACCACUACAUUAAAACUGCUGAAUAGAUUGUGUAAAUAUACAUGCAUUUAAACGUAAAGCUUAAUUUUCUAGUGCUUUUUCUGUUAACAUUUAAGCAUAUUAUCACUUUCCCCUGUUCAGAGAUAUAAACUCAUGCAUAACCGUUUCCUGUCCUCUGUUAUCCACUGUAAUGUUUCUGAUUUGUAUCUGUCUGGAGACAGUGCGUUUUUGAAUAAAAGUAAAC